AAACUCUCCGUCGCGCGGUGACAUAAUGCAGGGGUAAGUCCGUCUUUUCGUAGCUAAUAACAAACUCUCUCCGUCGCUGAUUUUGAAAUUUAAACUUCACAGUAGUGUAGUCUCUGUAUCUCUUUCACCAGCAACAAACAUGCCCGAGACCGAGAGAGAAGAGAAAAAUCGAAGAAGAAGAAUGAGGGGAGUAGGAGCAGAGAAGAAGAUAACUCUGGAGGAAUACGUCGAUUUCAUCAACUCUGCAAAGUCCAUCGACUUCACCUGCUCCUACCUCAAUCAGAUCCUUCACAUUCACGGCUUCCGAAAGCUUCACAAAUCCAACAAGAAAACUGUAGGAGAAGCAGUAGACGCAGUGGAUCUGCUCGAUCUCUCUCGCUCGACUCUGAAUCAAACCUCCGUCUCGUCAUCAGCUUCCUUAACUCUCGAUCAAGUGAUCAGCGACAUCGAAGCUCUCAAAUGGCAGGAGUGCUGCCUCACCUCUCUCCAGAUCAUCAGCUCCGAUGAAGUCACUCCAGCAGUCGCCAGCCCCAAGCAGCAAUCGAACAAGAGGAAGAUCGGAAACCAAAAGAAGAAGAAGAAAAUGCGAAGAGCGUCAGAUCUGUGAACGAAGCAGCAGCAGCUAAUACCUCCUACGAUGUAACCAACCGCACUCUCUGGAAAUUUCUAAUUACGGUUUAUUAAUCUUCCUUUAAUCUCACGUUUGAAACAGAUAACUAUGCAUUAUACGAGAAAUAUUAAGAACAAUAUCAUAUAGUAAGCAAAAAUAUAUAUCUCAUCACAUUUUUAGUGUUAUCAUUAGUAUU